UCGUGGUGGUCUUUGGGGGUCACGGGCGGGAGCUGCGGGAAGUGGCGUCCGCUAUCUCUUCUUCCACGGCAUUUCAGCCGAGGAGAGGGACCGGGAGACUCCAGGCGACCAGCUCCGGGAGCGGCGAAGUGGGGGUGUGUUAUUCUGCUGCCAUUGCCGGAACUGCUCAUCUGUUGUUGGAGGGCGCGCGGAGACGAGAGCAAGGUGAGGCGAAAACUGAAGACGAAGAAGACAAGGCACAGGGUUUUCAAGUCCGAGGUGUGUACGAUGGCGGUGAUGGUCAUCCUGCUGUUGCUGGGGCUUCUCCAGCUUGCCGUUCCUGGACUUGCUCAAAGUCCGCCAGCUGGUGCGGUAAAGAUCACCGCCUUCAAGUAUAGUGGUACUGGCUGCCCGCCUGGAAGUGCCGAGGGCGUCAUCUCCUUCGACGGACAGACGCUCACUAUCAUUUUCAGCAAGUACACGGUGUUCACCCCAGGAAGUCCAGCCGAUCGGCGGAAAAACUGUCAAGUGACCGUCGCUCUGGAAUAUCCUUCUGGGUUCACGUUUACUCUGGCGACUGUGACAUACGGAGGAUUGUACGCCCAGCUCGAGCCAGGAGUCACGGGUACACUGGCAGCCGCGUACUACUUUUCAGGUAUCCCAGAGACAGCCAGAUCCAAGCGCGAACUGCUUCCUCCCCUGGAAGGCAACUUUGAGUUCACCGACAAGUUUGCCACCGUCGUCUAUCAAGCGUGUGGCGUUCAGCCGGCUAUAAUCAAUCUCUUUUUCGAGGCAAGUGUGAAGCCUCCACCCGGGAGCAAAGCUGUGGGCUUGAUCACCGUCGGUUCUCAGGAUCUGCGCCUCAAGCAGAUCUACCGUUUUAUCUGGAAGAAGUGCUAAGGGCAUAUUACUCGUACUAAAGCUUUUCUGGAGCAUCUGGCGGCGAAUGCAGGCAGAUCCAGUUCAGAAAGUCGCAGUGUGAGCAUGCCCUAAGCUGAAUUAACCAGGCGUCAACAACAGGGCGGGCGGUCGUUCGACAUCAGCGAGCUACUUGGAGAGAAGCAGGAUGAGCGACCGGUAGGGGAUCAACUUGGAGAUUAGUGGGUUAAUCUAUCGGUCCCGCCGCUGCAUUGUCACGGGCACUCCGUCACCUAUAAUGAAGUGGCGACAUCACA